AUGCGUGUCAAACUUGAUGACGAUGUAUUGACAGAAACGAAAAAUCGUUAUACCAGGCCAGUAAAUUGCGAGUGCUUGGAACCAACCCAGGUUAACCAUCUCCUCUGGGAUAAAUUAAAACAUGACACACGCUCAAGUGACUUAAAGCUUCAGCUUAUUCAGGCCAAUUUACUGAAGGAAAUCAUUCCCAUCGUACUGGUAGUUGAACAACUGGUCAAAGUCCAGGACAAAAUAUCAGAAGAAUUAUUGGAUAUCCCAUCUCUAAUUAGAACGGCCACUGACUCGGUAGCCUUGCUUGGGGCAGCAAAUUUUGGCCUCAAUAUGCAAAGAAGAGAUAACAUAAAACCAGAGCUCAAUGCAGACUACAAACAUCUAUGUUCACCUACAGUGCCAUUCACAGAUUUCCUAUUCGGAGAUGACCCUGACCUCUCUAAGCAGCUAAAAGAUCUAGCUGAAGCCACUAAGGUUAACAAGAAAAUAAGCAAGAACAGUGAAUCAAAACAAGAUUCAUACAGAGGUCAAAAUUACAACCAUAAGUCCUACAAGAAUAAUAGAGGCAGGAAGUUUGGUUGCAAGUACUCACAAAAUAAACAGUUAAACUCAAAAAGGCCCAGCUUCUCAACUCACAAACAAAAGGAGGAGGAGAAGAAGCACAAAUAA